AUGUUUAACGAUAGUUUUAAAAGUGAAAAAUAUUAUUGGAACGAUACCGGAAUACUGGAACAAAUAAAAAUAAACGUUAAAGAUUUGGAAAAUUGUACUGGAGAAGAAAACGUGACUUUUGAAAAAGAAUACAACGAUUACAUAUUUGAUAGUUUGGGCAUAAGAAUAUUAUUUAUCGUUUUAUAUUCUAUUGUUUUUUGCGGAUGCGUUUUCGGAAUAUAA